AUGUCCACAACAUACUACCCACAGGGAAAUGGGCAGGUAGAGGCCACAAACAAAACUCUCCUCAGGAUGUUGAGCAAAACAAUGGCUGAUAAUCAAAAGGAUUGGGCAAACAAGCUGUUAGAAACUCUUUGGGCUUAUCACACAUCUAUCAGAAAGAGUACACAAGCAACACCCUACUCCUUGGUGUAUGGUCAAGAAGCAGUGCUCCCAGUAGAGAUAAGAGUCGUAUCUGCCAGGAUAGCCUUCGCGAUGGGCAAGAAGAUCAUGCCAGAGGACAUGGACCUAUUCCUUGCAUUCAAACUCGAGGUAAUUGAUGAGGUCAAGGACAUAGCCUCACAGAAGUAG